AUGAAUAAUACUAUUAUAAAUAAUUUAAGUAUUUAUUUUCGUCAACAUAAUUCAGUUCCAGAAGGUUGUUAUUCAAUAAACAAUAUUUAUAAAAAUAAAACAAAGUUAAUAAUGAUACCUCCAACUUCUGAUCGUGUUGAAUCGAUUACUUCGAAUGAUAAAAAUGUUCGAAUUUAUCAAGAAACAAUAAAUAGAUUAUCAAAAAUACUUGAAAAACCUCGCGAAGAAUGUUCGAUUGUAGUAGAAAAUCGUUUAAAAGAAUUAAAUAAUGAAUGGGAUACUGAACAUUUAUUAGAAUUCAAUGCUCCAUCAUUAUUAAUGAUAACUGGUUUAUUGGCAUAUAUUUAUUCAAAAAAAUUGUUAAUUUUAACAAUAGCUAUAGCAUCAUUUUUAUUGGAACAUGCUAUGCAAGGAUAG